AAAAUAACGUUAUGCAAGUUGACAAGGUCUACUUCAAAUUACGUUUGAGUAUGUUGGUGUGGUUGUUAUUAUGCAAGUUGCUAAUAUGUAACAGUUGAGAAUAUUCGGAGAAAAAAAUAAAGAAAGCUUAAAAUUAUGCGGUUGAAUUUUCUUUAGCUGUAGAGUCGACACGUGGCACAUUCAUCUUUCCUUUCCUCUUUCCUUUGUUUAUAUAAAUUGGUCCCAAAUCCAUUUCAAUCUUCAUUCCACAUCUACAAUUCCUUCAAUUUUCUUCAAAUUUUGUAGCUCUAAAUCCUUCAUUUACCCAAUUACUUGAAACCCCCUUUACUGAUUGUUAAGUAUUUAGUAUUUCAAGCCCUUUUUCUGUGACAAAAGAUCAAUUUUUCUAGUCAUAUUAUAAAUUUCAGAUUCUUGAAUCUUCUGGAAAAAGUUAUGGAGGUUUCAGUGAUGGGAAGUUCUCAGGUGAAUUUUGGUAGGAAUGAUUUGGGAUGCAGAGAAGCUGUGAAUUGUAGUUUUACCAAGAAUCUGGUUGUGAACAUCUCUUCUUCUUUGAAAAAUUCAAAAAUAUGUGUUGGCCAAAGUGUAAAAUUGGGUGGAAAAUGUUUGAGUAGGUUUAGUCUGAAGGCAUCUGGUUGUUCACAAGCUGAACCAGUCCUAUCAAAGAAUAACAGAAAUCCUAAGCAGACUGACGGUGUGAAACUAUUUGUUGGGUUGCCACUUGAUGCUGUUUCAAAUACUAAUACAGUAAACCAUGCUAGAGCAAUUGCAGCUGGAUUAAAAGCGCUGAAGUUACUAGGUGUAGAUGGCAUAGAACUCCCAAUCUGGUGGGGAGUUGUUGAGAAGGAAACCAUGGGAAAGUAUAACUGGACAGGCUACCUUGCACUUGCUGAAAUGAUCCAGAAGUUGGGACUUAAGCUUCAUGUGUCACUUUGCUUCCAUGCAUCAGAGGAAGCGAAAAUUCCACUCCCAGAAUGGGUUUCUCGGAUUGGUGAAACUGAUCCUAGUAUCUUUUUUAAAAACGGAUCAGGACAAAGCUAUAAAGAUUGUCUCUCCUUUGCUGUUACUGAUGUUCCCGUCCUUGAUGGAAAGACUCCAGUUGAAGUAUACAGAGAGUUCUGUGAGAGCUUCAAAGCUACGUUUUCCCCAUUCAUGGGUACCACAAUCACGGGCAUUUCCAUUGGUCUAGGACCAGAAGGCGAGCUUUGUUAUCCUUCUCGUCACAAUCCAUCCAAAAUGAACAAUCAUCAGGGAGCUGGUGAAUUCCAGUGCUAUGAUAAAUACAUGCUGAGUUCUCUCACACAGUGUGCUGAAAGCAAUGGGAAUCCUCUUUGGGGGUUGGGUGGUCCGCACGACGCCCCUGGUUAUGAUCAACCACCUAUGACAAGCAACUUCUUCAAGGAGAAUGGAGGAUCUUGGGAGACGAGUUAUGGUGACUUUUUCCUUUCUUGGUACUCAGAGCAGCUGAUUUCACAUGGAAGCCAACUUCUUUCUCUUGCCUCUGAAACAUUCCAUGACGUUCCAAUCUCCAUUUGUGGCAAAGUUCCCCUUGUACACUCUUGGUAUAGAACCCGGUCCCACCCUAGCGAGCUAACAUCCGGCUUCUAUAACACUGCCAACAGAGAUGGUUAUGUAGAAGUUGUGGAGAUGUUUGCAAAGCAUUCGUGCCAAAUUAUCUUGCCUGGGAUGGAUCUCUCGGACAAUCACCAGCCAAACGAAUCUCUCUCGAGCCCAGAGUUGGUGCUAUCUCAAAUUACAUCAUCUUGCAGAAAGCACGGAGUGGAAAUCUUGGGCCAAAACUCAUUGGUUGCAAAUGCAGCAAAUGGUUUGGAACAGAUAAAGAAGAACUUGUCAGGUGACAAAGAAAUGAGCUUGUUCACAUAUCAAAGAAUGGGUGCUGAUUUCUUUUCUCCUGAACAUUUCCCUGCAUUCACUCAAUUUGUCCGGAACCUUAAUCAACCAGAACUGGAUUCGGAUGAUCAACCAAUGAAAGAAGAAAUACGUGUUGCGAGUAAUCAUCUCCAGAUGCAAGCAGCUUAGGUUCAGAUUCUAUGUACAUAUUGGACAUCAUCAUACAAACUGUAAUGCUAGUAAUACACAUUAUAUAGUGAGUGAUGAGUAGGUUGUAGCGGAAAGUUGCAGUCGUUCGGGUUGUCUGUUAUAUAUUUAUAUUGUUACAGUAUGAGAAAGUUCUUUGGCUUGAAUUAUGAAGAUAGCUUUCAAAUAUUUGUGUAUUUGGUUGCAGAUUUUGGGCCCUUAGUAAAUUGGAGUUCUUUUCUCUUGGUUGAA